AUGAAAAAGAUAAAAUUAAAUGUAACAAGAGAAGAAGAUAACUUACAGAGCAAUAUAUAUUACGUAUGUGAAAAAAAUAUAUUGAUAUCACAGUUAAAUUUGACUAUUAAUUAUGAUGAAAAUCAUUUAACCGAUGAAGAAGUCAUAGAAAAAGAUAAUUCAAUGUAUUUGAAUUAUGACAAAAAUAAGGCAAAUGAAGAAAAAAAAAAGAAUAUAAAUAUAAAAAUUUCAUAUAGUGAUGAAUUAAACAAUUUAUAUUUUAACAAUGUAUUAAAUAAUAUUUAUGAUUACAUUUUUGAAUAUAAAACAAAUAACUUAAAUAUAAAUAAAAAUCAUAGUUGGUAUAUAUUUAUAAAUAUAUAUAUAUAUGAGUAUACACCUUAUAUAUAUGAUCAUAUAUGUAAUGUAAUAAAUGUGCAUUUGUCUUUAUUAUUAAUCCCGUUUUGUUUCUACGAUUUUGACUGUAAGUGGUACAGAAGUGUAGAAAAUUAUGAAGAAUUAUAUAAAUUGUUAUCUUAUAACGUUUCAGCUAACUCUAAUAAAACAGAAGAUGGAGAUAAACAAACUACAUAUUUAAAGGAAAAAUCAAAAUUGGAAAUAUAUGAAAAAGACUCAAAAAGUGAGAAAGAUGAAAUGGAAUCAUAUGAUGUUUUAAUUUUAGAUAAACACGAACAAAAUAAAAAUAUAAUUAUCAAUCAAUUAGAAAACAAUAAUUUUGAUUUAUUUGUUGAGAUUAAAAAUAAUAAUUCAAGUGGUUUAUUUAAAAGAUUAUUAAUUGAAUACAUCCCAAUUUUAACGACUAUAAAUGUAGAUGAUCAAUUUGUGUAUGUAAUUAAAUUUAUUGAUUUUAGAGACUUUCUGUUAAAUACUCAAAACAGAAAUGAUAAUAUUUACAAUAAUAUUAUUGAAACAUAUAAAUUCUUAAAUUUUACUCAAUUCACAAAAUUUGAAAUGAACAAUAUUAAUAAUGAUAAGAAAUUUGAAUUAGAUGAAAAUUAUUAUUUUCUUUUUAAUGCUAAUAAUACAAGCAUAGAUAAAGAUAAUGUUUUGAAAGAUUCUAAAUCAAUUAUUCAAUUUUAUUAUAAUUUCAUUUUAAAUUAUUGUUUGAAUUAUUUUGUUGACAAUUAUUUAAAUUAA